UCACGUGGCAUUGUUGGCGGCGAUGGUUCUACCGCGUCUCCCGUUUGUCGGGAAAAGACUGGAAAGUAUUGAAAUUCAUCGUUUACAGUAACACCACUGUCACCAGUUUGAUCGAACUAAAGUCCACCCUGGAUGUAAUCUUGUCAAACGAUGUUAGCUGAGUAUAAUAUUCCUUUCCAAAGUCCCAGAAGCUUGGGCGAGGAGCCAGUGUUUCUGGGUACCGAUGAUGACCUGUUUCAGCUGGACAUCGAUCUGAUUCACGUGAGGACUGAAGACACCAUCACGCUAAAUGGACUCCAGGGCUCCAUUGGUGAAGAUCUGGACGAAGCCUGCCUGCGACUGGCCGCUGAACACACCCUGCAAGAGACAGCAACAACAACCUUGGGUAAGGUGGAGGCAGUGUUUGGCAGUCCGGGCAGUGACUACCUUGCCGGGGCUUACCUGACGGCGCUUCACGACCAAGAUGACAUUGGAAAGAGCGAGGCGCACUUAGCCAGCGAGUUUCUACAGAGCGACCUCGACCUGGCCUGCAGCAUUGAGCUGUCAGACUCGGACGACAGCUUGGCUCACAGUACUCUCAGCGACAUUGCCUCGCCCGGCCCCAGCAGCCCCACGGCCAAGAGGAAAAAGCUCUGCCCACAAUGGAGCGAAAUGGACAGCGAGGAACGAGCAAGGGAGCUGGACCUCAUUAUGCAUGCCAUCGCCGACCGUGCGAGCAUACGGGAGCAGCUGGAACUCCUGCGGCUGAUUGGCCAAGACACGACAGUUCUUCCCUCUGACAGCCGCUUCCAAAUUGAUGCGGCCAUUAUUGAUGACGAGAAACUGGAAAGUGUACGAGAGUAUUUGAACCAACUGGCUUUCCAUAGAUCAGAGGCUGAUGCUGAGAGCUGCGAGGAGCAAUGCCAUACACAGAGAGAGCCCAGAUAUAAAAAGACUCAGGAGAGACGAGCGCAGCACAGGGCCAACAGGAAGCGCAGAAACAAAGAGUGGAAACAAGGCUUGAAGGAAAAGCGCAGUGGGUUGUUCGACCAAGAAGUGGUGUUAUCGCUUCAGAUGCAAGACGACGAGGAGGAAAUCGACAUUCUCGACUGACGGCGGCUUUUCCUUAGGAAACAAUUUUUUUUAAAGCAACUUCCUCAUAAAAAGGUGGAUCGAAGGCGAAGCGGCAGUGGAAAGAUGUGCGUUAAAUGCAUUGCCAUAAUUCAUCAGUUGAAGUUGUUAGUUUGAGUCUGUGGACAUGCGUAUCAUCUGUGGGCCUGAUGCGUGAACGAUAGAGGGCGCCGUGCACCUGUCGCACGUGCACAGCAUUCUGCAGGAGCUGCAAGGUCUGCAGACAGGGCAGCAAAUGGCUCUCAACAAUUGGCCCGACCUCUCCUUGGCACAGUCACCGAGCCACUGGUGUCCACCUUCAGAUUUCAACCAGUUACCAAUAAGCCUUUGGCCUGCUGAUCGUAAUGUUUUGAACCCCAUCAUCACAAUGGUUAGAGCAUUCAAAAUGUCGCGCAUCUGCUGAACAUCUAAAUCUGACACUUCACCAAUUAUAGAGGGUUUGCAUGGCUGCCAUGUUGCAGGCCCGCGGGGUAUACACACAAAGGAGGUUUCCCUGUGGAACAACAGAACUGCCCUGCAAGAUGGUUACCACGCAAAGCCUCUGUAGAUGCAUUUGUACUUUUUCAAACCUGUAUUUGUUUCCCAUAAG